AUGGGAAGACCAAAAAAUCAACCUCGUAUUAAAGGAAAUGUUCAGCCUGCCAGUAGCAGUCGAGCUGCCGAGGUUAUAGCUGCAAAAGGAAAUCAAACUUCUGUAAGCAAUUUAGGAGGCUUUUCACAAUUUAUAGGAGCUUCUGCUUUCACAAAUGUGAAUUCUGCUGAACUAAAUUCUGAUAAUGUGAAUGAUGUAAACUUAGACUCAGAAUUAGUUAUAAUACUGAAAAGAUUGUCAAAACGUGAUUCCACCACUAAAUUAAAAGCUUUGGAUGAUCUCGAGUCAUAUUUAAAAAAUAAAAUUGAAAAAGAUGAUGUUUUCGUUAGCAUAAUGGAUGCUUGGAAACUUGCACCCGUUCUCAAAGAAAUUAUUGGUGUAUGGAUAAUCUCAAUGUUUGAUCAAAGUAAAGAUGUUGCACGUAUUGCUAAUGAAUCAUUCGAGGCUGCAUUUUCACCUGAAAAACAAAAAGUAGAAAAUAGGCUGCAAAUGUUGAGUACAACAUUUUUGAUGAAGGCAUUUAAUGAAAAAGAGAUAAACACACAUUCAGAUUUAUGGGAUUCUUUAUUAGUAUUUACCAAGAAAUUUCCACAAUCGUGGAUUAUAGCUUCUCAAAAAAAACCAAUACUUCCCAAAUUUUAUAAUUUUCUUCGUUCAGCAACUUAUGGAUCCAUCAACAUCUCUUAUCCUAGUAUAUUAGCAUUGAUUGGAAAUUUGCCACAUGAGCUUAUUGACAAUGAUGCAAAAUUCUAUGAUGAUUUUUUAAUAAAUUUCUGGAAAGGAUUGACAAAUUCAUCGAUAGAUAAGGCAAAUUCAGCAGUUUUUCUUAAGGCAUAUUGUGAAUGUUUGGUUUAUUUUGUUGUUAAAUUAGGAAAAGUUGAGUUGAAAAAAGAAACACAAGUUAAUCUUAUUGAAAAACAUUAUAUUCAUAUAUUCAAGCUUAUUGACAAUGAUGCAAAAUUCUAUGAUGAUUUUUUAAUAAAUUUCUGGAAAGGAUUGACAAAUUCAUCGAUAGAUAAGGCAAAUUCAGCAGUUUUUCUUAAGGCAUAUUGUGAAUGUUUGGUUUAUUUUGUUGUUAAAUUAGGAAAAGUUGAGUUGCAAAAAGAAACACAAGUUAAUCUUAUUGAAAAACAUUAUAUUCAUAUGUUCAAGAAUGGAACAAAAUUCCAGCCUGAUCAGAUGUGUUCUAUUUUGGCCUCAUACACUUUCCAAUUAUUGACAAAAUUACGAGGAACAGAUAAAGACCUUGAUUAUAACACUAGAACUGGUGUUGAGGAACUUUUAUAUGACACAUUUUCAUCAAAAGUUAAUAUAAUUUCAAAGCAAACAAAAAUAGAAAUUUUCAGUCUAUUUUCAAAAGCCACUGCUGAUUUCACAGAAUCUUAUUUUAUUACAAGGAAUAUGAUGAUUUAUGAUAGUGUGAUCUCAAUUUUGAAAACAUUUGAAAAAUUAUUCAAAGACGAUCAAUCGCUGAAAGUCAUUGUUGAUCAUUCAAAUUUAAAAUAUGUUAUUGGAAAAAUUUUUCAACUUACUUUUAUGAAACCUCAAGAUGAUUCUAAUUCUGAAGCAGUAGUGAGAAUUAAAUCAAUUGCUGAAAGUUGUUGGGAAUUACUUGUUGAAAAUUCCAAGUUGCUUUCUUGUCAUAAUGAAGUUAGCAAGUUGAUUUCACUACAAAUCAAAUCUUCUUUAUUAAAUAUUAAUUAUGAUGCCAGUCCAACAGAUUUUGUUCAGCAAGUGAUGAAAUUAUGUGAAAGUUUCUAUAAGGAUGAGCCAUCAAAACAAUUAGAGGUUAUCAAACCAUUGCUUUUAAAUAAUGGCGAAUGGAUUAAUCUCAGUGAGCCUUUUUUGUCUAGAUUUAUUGGUGCAUCUAGAGGCAUAAUAGAUCCUAUUAUAUUACCUUAUCCAUCACUUCUGAAUCAUCAUGGAAAAUCCGCAGCAACUAAAGAUACUGCUGCCACUAUAUUACCGAAUAUUGAGUAUGAUUUAUAUGGGCUUACAAUAUAUGGGCGUUUGGGACUUGUUAUUGUUGAAAUCAUUAAUAAAAUAGGUGUGCCUACAUUUUUUGGAAUUUCGAUUAGCAGUAAUAAAGAACAAGAGCAGAAGGAGGAAGAAAAGAUAAUUUCAACAGGAUUUCAUGGAAUUCUUUUGGAAUUAUUGCUAAUUUAUGUUCUAUGUUUUGAUAUUCAUGGUUCGCAUAAAGCAGUUCACCACUUAUGGGAUUCAGCGAUAACAGAGGAAAGUCAUUAUCACGGCUUCACGGCUUUCCUUGAUGAUAUUAGCACAAUUGUUCAACAAUACGCUGCUAUUUCAUUUCAUGGUGGAAUCUUUGAUUUAAAUAAAAUUUUUGAUAAUAUUAUGAUCAGUAAUGAGAUUACGAAUGACGAUAAAAUUUUCAAUUUGUAUUCAUUAAUCGUUGAUGCUAUAAAUCGAUCAAGUAGCAAUCAUUUACUUUAUUGGGCAAGGGUGCUAAGAGUCUUCUUGUCUGAAGCACUCAGACAUGGAAAAUUAACAAUUGUUAACAUAGAUGAACAAAGAGCUCGUAAGACAAACAAACAAUUGGAUUAA